UCCACUGUGCCUCCGGCCGGCCUCUGCAGCCCAGGUCACUCGCCAUGGGGGACCUACCCCACCCAGGCCCCUGCGGCCCCCAGCGUGAUCCUGAGCGGGUGGCCCCCCAGACCCGCCACAGUCUGAGCGCGCUGCACGUGUCCUACAGCGUCAGACACCGCGUGGGGCCCUGGUGGCACCUGGCAUCCUGCCGGCAGCGUCGUGAGCGACAGAUUCUCAAGGACGUUUCCCUCUACGUGGAGAGCGGCCAGCUGAUGUGUGUGCUGGGGGGCUCAGGCUCGGGCAAGACCACCCUGCUGGAUGCCGUGUCCGGACGGCUGCACCGACGCUCCGGCUCCUGGGCCGGGCAGGUGCGGGUCAGCGGCUGGGAGCUGCCACGUGCUCAGGUGCGGGACUGCUGCUCCUACGUGCUGCAGAGUGACGUGCUGCUGGGUGGCCUGACCGUGCGGGAGACGCUGAGCUUCACGGCGCAGCUGGCUGGCCGCGGGGACCCCACCCGCCCCUUGCACAAGAAGGUGGAGGCGGUGCUGGCCGAGCUGAGCCUGGGCCAUGUGGCGGACCAGCUGGUGGGCAGUCACAGCGCCGGGGGCAUCUCCAAGGGUGAGCGGCGCCGAGUGUCCAUCGCUGCCCAGCUGCUGCAGGACCCCAGGAUCAUGCUGCUGGACGAGCCCACCACGGGCCUGGACUGCGCCACCGCCAACCACAUUGUGUCCCUCCUGGCCGAGCUGGCCCGCAGGGGCCGCGUCGUGGUUCUCACCAUCCACCAGCCCCGCUCCGAGCUCUUCCAGCUCUUCGACAAGAUCGCCAUCAUGAGCUGUGGGGAGCUGGUCUUCUGCGGGAGCCCGGGGCAGAUGCUGGACUUCUUCAGCACCUGCGGCUACCCAUGUCCCGAGCACUCGAACCCCUUCGACUUCUACGUGGACCUGACGUCGGUGGACACCCAGAGCCAGGAGCGGGAGCUCGAGACCCUCCGGAGGGUGAGCGCCAUUGGGCAGGCUUACCGCGCCUCUGCCGCAUACCAGCAGACCUUGGCGAGCAUCGAGGGCGCGUGCAGCCCCGACACCCGCCCAGCCAUCCCCUUCAAGGCCAGGGACGCUCCGGGAGCACUCUCCAGGCUCUGUGUCCUCCUGAGGAGGGUGACGCGGGACCUGAUGCGGAACAAGCUGGCCGUGGCCAUGCGCCUGACCCAGAACCUCAUCAUGGGCCUCUUCCUCAUCUUCUACCUCCUGCGCCUGCACGGGGACGUGCUCCAGGGGGCCAUCCAGGACCGCAUGGGGCUCCUGUACCAGCUGGUGGGCGCCAUGCCCUACACGGGGAUGCUGAACGCCGUGACCCUGUUCCCCAUGCUGCGUGCGGUGGGUGACCAGGAGAGCCAGGACGGGCUCUACGCGCAGUGGCAGCUGCUGCUGGCCUACGUGCUCCACGCGCUGCCCUUCAGCCUCGCCGCCACUCUCCUCUUUAGCAGCGUGUGCUACUGGGCGCUGGGCCUGCACCCCGAGGCCGCCCGCUUCGGCAUCUUCUCGGCGGCCCUGCUGGUGCCCCACGUCAUCGGGGAGCUGCUGACACUCCUGCUGCUGGGCGCCCUGCGCAGCCCCACCGUGGUCAACAGUGCCGUGGCCCUGCUCUGCAUCACCGGCGUGCUUGUGGGCUCCGGGUUCGUGAGGAGCGUGGAGGACAUGCCCGGGCCCUUCCGGGUCUUCACCUACUUCACCUUCCAGAAGUACUGCUCCGAGAUCCUGCUGGUCAACGAGUUCUACGGCCUCAACUUCACGUGCGGCGGCUCCAACAGCUCAGGGCCCAGCUCGCCCCUGUGCGUCUUCACGGAGGGCGCCCAGUUCAUCGCCAGCACCUGCCCCGGCGCCGAGACCAGGCUCACGGCCAACUUCCUGCUGCUCUAUGCCUUCGUCCCCGCCCUGCUGCUGCUGGCCGUGGCCGUGUACGCCGUGAGGGGGCACUGCCAGGGCAGGUAGCGGGCGCUGCCUCCCGCCCGCCCGGGUCAGCAUCCACCGCUGUGCGGGCCAGCCGAGGGCAAUAAUCGUGCCGGGAAGGUGUGGUGCUCUGCGUGCUCUGUUUCCCCACGGAGCACUGGGGGCGCUGGAAACUUGGGCGCAGCUUCAGGAGCAAUAGGCAGGGCAGGGCAGGGCCAGGGAGGGGGGUGGGCACCGUGCCCAGCCCGCCUCUGCGACAGGCGCCCGAGCUUGUGGGCCCUGCGGGGCGUGAGGACAGCCUGUAGGACGGACUCGCUCCCACACGUUGGAGGCUUGGGUGGGCGGAACUCGUUCCUCGUGCCCCCAGGGAAAGGCCGCUGGCCUGGCGCGACGGGGGGCGCAGACACCAGCCAGCCAGGGGCCUCGGGGGCUGAGGUGAGACGGGCGGGGCCCAGGGACAUGCCCUGGGGGUUGGACGUCCGACUGGGUCUAGCCAUCCUCAGCCAGGGCCGGACCAG